AUGAAGUGCAUUGCGCUCCUGCUGGGGUUGGCGACCUGCGCCUCGGCACAGUACAUUCUCUCAGCCAGCCCGUACAUGUACAGCGGGAUCUACGGUGGCAUCAGUCCUUUCUGGAGGAAGAAGCGCUCAGCUCCUGAGGCGCCCGCCCAGGACCAGGAGGGACAGGAUGCUCUGUUGAUGUCCAGCUACAUGUACUCGCCGUACAGUUAUGGUGCCUACAACUACGGUUUGUCUGGUCUUCACUACCUGAAGAAACGUGAAGCGCCCGCCCAGGACCAGCAGGCACAGGAUGCUCUGCUGUACUCCAACUACAUGUACUCGCCGUACAGUUAUGGUGCCUACAACUACGGCUGGUCUGGUCUUCACUACCUGAAGAAACGUGAGGCGCCCGCUCAGGAUCAGGAGGGACAGGAUGCUCUGCUGUACUCCAACUACAUGUACUCGCCGUACAGUUAUGGUGGAUAUGGUGCCUUCCCCUUCUGGAAGAAGUAG